GGGCAUACAUAGUCAGAAAAUACUUGAUUUAGAUCUCCUCAUUCCACCCAUCUCUCUGAAAAACAACGAGGAUAUAUUAAGUUAUCGCCGCUCAUUUUGAAAAUAUGUUCUUGCUCCUUUGUGAGGACGAUUCCUGCAUAUUCAUGUAAAAGAACAUGCUUGGAUAGGGUAAAGACUCAUCCUGACUCAACCCACCCUGACUCAAGACCAGCUUAUUAAGGGGUUUGAGUAUGUUCUCGAGUCAUUGGAGAAUGCAGUAAAUGAUGCUCCAAAAGCAGUAGAGUUUCUUGGACGACUCUCUUCCAAAGUGAUUUUAGAAAAUGAGAUUCCUUUAAAAGAAAUUGGACGCUUAAUAUAUGUAGGUGGGUAUCGGGAAGGGUGCCUUCGAGAGAUAGGUCAUAUGGUCCAUAUCUGAAAGCUGCUCUUCUGUAUUCACGGGAACUCUGGCUCUUGAAUCCGGGGUGAGCUUCAUGUUUAAGGAUGCAAUUGAGUUCAGGAAGAACAAAUGGCAGCAGCAAAGAAAAGUUGAAGGCAUGCACAAGCUACUAGAAGGUCUCGGGCUCCUAGCAUGGGAUCUUCUGUUAGAAGGAAUUUACUUCCAGGCUUCCAGCAGAGGUGGUUCAAGUAUGUUGCCUUCUCAAAGCUUGGCCCAAAUGGGUGAUUUUUGUGGUCAGGAUGUUAGGAUGGAGAACAGACAUCAUUCCUUUGAUAACAGACCUAAUUCGUUCCUCUACUGUAUAAAUUAUACCUUCAACAUUUGUGAAAUGUAAACCAUGAUACCUCAAAUAAUAAAAAUAUAAAACAAAUAUGUACUUAACUUAGGGAAGGAUCAUAUAUGUGUUGCCUAAGAAAUUAUUUAAAAAAUUUAAAUAAAAGAUUUAAAAUUAAAA